CGGUGGCAGCGCUGGGCCGGGCGGCGGGGUUUUAAAUCUCCGAAGGGCAGCGGCCGUUGAGUGCGGGCCGGGCCGGGCGGGCGGACGGGCCGGUGUCGCUGGGCGGUGCGGAGUGAGGGAGUCAGUGCGGCUGGAGGAGGAGCAGGAGCGGAUCGCUGUGGUCGGGUCGGUCCCGCUCCGCAGACUUCAGCUGGAGACACCCACGGUUUGCGUCUUUGGUUUGCGAUUUAAAAAAUCCAAGAGCAUGGAUACUCCUGAAGUAGACUUUCUGAGAGAUCAAGUGCAACGGUUAAAUGCUGUGCUCGCUCAGUACCAAGCAAUGCAGCUGCCCAGCUCUGCUAUUAAUGAGGUGAAGCAUUUAAAAGAGCAUGAUCCUCCAGCACCUUGGCUCAUGGACAAAUGCCUUAUGGCACCUCUCAUAGCAGAGUAUGACAAACAGUUGCAAAAAGUGAAUGAGCAGUUGAAUUGUCACCAGAUUUAUAUGAAUGAGAUCAAAUUAAAGCUUGAAGUUGUUGUAAGAGAAAAUGAAAGAUUGCAUGCAGAAUUACAGGAGAGUGUUGAAAAACAAUUGGAAUCUCUACCUUCGAGUGCAAGAAUUGGCGAUGUUGACAUUACAGAAGGAGCAGUGGUGAAUAAUCUGAAGGAGCAAUUGCAACAUGCUAAAAAAGAAAAAGACCUAGCCUUGGAGUUAUGGCAAUCAGUUUCGCAAACUUUGGAGCAAAUGCAGCAGAUGUACCAAGAUCACGUGUCAGCAACUCAAGAUCAUGUCUUUGACCAACAGCAACAGACUGAUCAGUUGGCUCAGUUUCAACAACUUGUUCAGCAGCUUCAAAUCGCUAAUCAAAAAUUAAAAAUGACUAAUCAACAGUUUAUAAACACAGUGACAGAUCAGAAUUUGGAACUGGAGCAAAACCACAAAGAAUUGAGGAAAGCAAAAAUUGACCUGCGAACUGCAACAAUGAAAAUGGAAGAAACGAAUAAACUGAUGCAAAGCAUGCAAGAAGAUGUGCAGAGAAAUGAGCAGAAUGCUGCAGCUGCACUGGGGAGAGAGGAAGCUUCAGACAAACGAUUGCAACAGUUACAAUCUGCGAUAACCCAAAGCGAAGCCAGAUUGCGGGCAGCUGCACAGGUUGCAGAGCAGUUGCAAAAAGAGAAAAUUGGUUUUGAGCUGCAAAUCGGCGAACUUCAGGAAAAAUAUGCACAAGCAGAAGACGAGAAAUAUGAAGCAGUGGCCAAGGUUCGAGAUAGCACGCAACUACUUGAAGAAGCAAACUUGCAGAAAGAUCAGGUUUUAUUACGUGAAAAACAAAAAGAUGAAGAAGUGGCAAAAAUGAAAGAAUCUAUGUUUCAGCUCGUUCAAGAAGCUGCUGCUCGAACCAAGAAAGAGAUUGAAAACGUCAGAAAACAAAGUAAUGUACAGAUAUCCCGUUUAACUGAGGAACUCUUUGCUAUGCAAAUGAAUUGUGAAGAUAAACAAGGUCAGAUUGAUCGGGCUAUAAGAGAGAAGCGAGCUGUGGAAGAAGAACUUGAAAAGAUUUAUCGGACUAGUGCAGGCAAUGAAGAAGAUCGCAGAAAAAUUGAUGAACUGCACCUGCGAUAUCUGAAUGCAGAACGUUCAAAAGAUGACCUCGCAAUUAGUCUACAGGCGGCACAAAACAAAAUCAGGAAACUCGAGAUGAAUCACGAGGAGGAAAUUUCCCAGUGCAAAGAAAUGAUCCAGAAACUGCAGAGCAGUCUGGACAACAUUCGCAGCGAUUGUGAUGUGGUCAGUGAAGAGCGGUUGAAGCUGCAAAGAGAAAAUGAGCAAUUUCAUAAAGAGAUGGAAGAAAUCAAGAAAGCUAGUAUGAACAUUCAAAGGAAAGCAAAGCAACAGGUAGGCACUCUGGAACAUGAGUGCUCUCUGAAGGAACGUGGAUUCGAAAUCCAACUAAGGGAACUGGAGGAUACCAGUCGCAAUUCCAACACUGAAUUGAAACACUUAUUAGCAGCACAGCAGAAAGCAGCCAGUCGGUGGAGAGAUGAAGCCAGGAAACUAACUGAAGCAUUUGAAACUAAACAAAACAGCCUGAAGACAGAGCUCAGUCGACAAAAACAGCACUCCCAGGAAUUGGUUUGCCAGCUGGAGGUUACACAUGAGAAAGUGGCAGAGUAUCAAAAACAGCUGUCGGAAAAUCAGGAAAACAUUAACAGACUUCAAAGGCGGCUGACUCACUCUGAACACAGAGCGGCUACAGCCUACCAAAAGCUCAGCACAGUGGCAUCACAGAGAAGAAAAGCCGACACGCUUUUUGAUUUGGAAAGCAUUAUAAAUCAUUAAGUACUUGAACUCCCAUCUUCCAGUGGAAAUAAGCAGUUAACCUGUGCAAUAGUAUAAUCUGUCAAAAUGACCAAAAAUAAAUCCAGGUCUGCAUUACACGCCAUCACCUGAAUUAAAGCUCCUGCUAUAUGGAUUGACAGUGUUGGACGAAACAUCUCAUCCAAUUUAUAGAUAGAUGAAGUUUGUUCAUGAAAUGAUAAAUCUAAUGGGGUUCUGCCGAAAUGUUGGAGUUUUGUUUGGUGCCCAUUUGUCUUAAUCUUGUCACCAGAGCACAUGAAAACCAGUAGUGAUUUGUUAAUCUUUCAGAAUUCGAAGAUUGAAAAAAAAAGGUUUGAACUCUGCAAAAUGUGACCUCCGUGAAACUCUAAACCACUCUAUUCUGAGACUUAUAACAUAAAAUUCAAAGUAACAUGCCCGAGCUCCUGUGAAUCAGUAGAAGGGUUGGCGAGGUGAGGCAAUAUUUUUCCCACUUGAAUGAAAAGGCGGUGGAGAAGGAACACUACAAAGUGGGAUUAACCCAAAUUAUCAUUUUUUGGACAGUAUGGUCCAAAUGGCUUUUUUGGGCACUGCAAAUUUCUAAUCACAGUGAAAGUAGCUCUGCAUAAUUUUGAGCAAGGUAUCUUUUUUGGAGAUAAUACAUUUACAAACACUAGUUUUAUUGCGUGUUUGGGAGGGCUAUCUUGGCCCAUUUUCCCUUUUACACGUGUGUGUAUUUCACAUACUGAAUAAAUCAGUGUUUCUGUUUAAAUACAAAUGUCAUGUAAAUAGAAAUUCUGCAGGUUCAAAUUGUGCAACUUGUACUCAGCCUCAGCGUGUGGGCUCACAAAUUGGAGCAAUUUGCAAUUGACAGCAUUAUUUCAGUUUCAAAAGGUGUGCAAUGGUAUCCAAAAAAUUGAAAGCCAUGGACAAUUUGUCAAAUUUCCAGGAUGGAAUCAAAUGUUUUUGAGCCAGAGUUGUAUGCUGUGAUUUUUUUUUUAGAAACCUAACACAAUUUAUAUUGGAUACUGUUAUGUUUGUUCAAAAUACAUUUCUUAUGAAAAUGCUUUGUAAAAUGUACCAGCAAGUUUGCUAUGAAGCACCAAGUCUCCAAUUUUCUAUCUUGGUUCUAGUUUUGGUACACGUGACAAUAAUAAACCAAGACUCGGUUCAUUUGCCAUUA